CAAACUUAAAAAAGCAGGUGGAGACACUGAAACAACAACAACAGCUUGAUGGUCGUCAACUUUCCAGCCUAAACCUUAACACUCAAAAUCAUAACAAUGUUCAAGAUGAGAAUAUCCAAGAGAUAUUGAAUAUGAAACCACCAUCAGUAUCUGCACGCCAUUCAGUAUUUUUCAAAGAAGUCCAGAACCCCUCUUCAGCUAUUCUAAAUCAUCGCCCUUACAAGUGCUUGGGACCACCUGUAUUUUUUUACAAUAAGGUUUUCAAUAAGUUCGUUACUGACUUUAGAAACGAAGAUUUGCCUAUUUCAAAAGUGGUAUUGGAAAUGGUUGAUCCUCUUAUUCAAGAUAUGUCAAAAGGUUAUGAUUCUGAGGAUGAUCGUCUUGAUUGUUUUGAAAAAUAUCUGAGAAAGAUUAUUUGGCCUAUAGAGAAAAUCAGUAACAAAGACAAAACUUCUAGCGAUGGUGUUGUAACGGAACCUGUUGAAUCGUUUCACGAAUCUGCAUUAUUAUUUCUACUUGAAAUAAAAAAUGAGAUCGGAACUGGAUUUAGUGAUCCUACAAUACAAGGAUCAUUGUCGUAUGUUCGGCGUUGGGCCCAAGAAAGGUUUAGGGACUUUCGAAGAAGUUGCAAUUGUCCAUCGAUAAUAAUUGCUCUGGCUGGCCCGUGGAUAUGCAUUUUGGGCUCGGUCUAUCUUGAAAAAGGAAUAAUCGAUCCUCUCACUACUUUCAUACCUCUGGUACCAUUUCAUCAUUAUAGUUAUCACAAAAGGAUAUCACGACUAUUUGAAGCAUUGCUUCAUGCCUUUGAUUAUUUAAAAAAUUACUAUGAAGGGCUAACCCUAAGUAAAGAUGUUAAUUGUCAAUGGUUUUAUCCCUUUCCUCGAGAAUACCAAGAUGAUAAGAAAAUGAACAUUUCAUUCACUUAUGAUGAUUGGUUUACGGAAGAUCAUAACAAGUUUAUAUGGAGAGCUACGACAGAUAAGCAAUGUAAAAUCGUUGUAAAACUAGCUCAAACAUAUAAUGAAAUAGCACAUAAAUUGUGUGCUGUUAACGGGUUUGCACCAAAACUCUUAUAUGUAAACAAAACGGUGGUUGAUGGAUGGUGGUUUAUUGUGAUGGAACUUAUUGAGGGAGUCACAUUGUGCGAUGAUGAAAUUACAGAUAAGGAGUAUUUGAUAAUCAUGAACGAUGUCACAAAGGUAAUUCACUUGCUUCACGGUAAAAACCUUGUGUUUGGUGACCUUCGUAGCACGAACAUUAUAAUUCGAAAGGCUGAUAAUAAGAUCCAGACAAUGGUAUUUGAAUUCGAUAGUUGCGGAGAACAUCAAAUCAGUUGUUAUCAACCCUCAAUGAGUUCAACAAUUGAAGGUCCACCUGGGGCAGAAGCUUAUGCGUUGUUGGAUAAAUCUCACGAUUUAUACUGGCUAGAUGUAUUUCGGAAGAAGAGGAGCCUGUUGUUUUCUAGCUGA